GAAACGCAAAAUAAACCGCCAAUCCACAUGUGAUUCGAUGAUUAUUGAUUGAUUAAAAUUCUUUAAAGUUUAUUAUUUACAAUUUUCCCUAACAUUAUCUACAUAAAUAAUUUGAUUCAAGACAAUGUUGUUACGUUCUUAUUGUCGCCAUAAUCUUCUUCGUCAGGUCAUAAUCAAUGAUUAUUGUCUAGUUCGUGAUAACACUACAGUGAAUAACAACAAGAAUUUAUCAUCAACCUCGUCAUUUAGAUUUUGUCAGAUUGAAAAUCAUGCACAAACACCAAUAAAAUUAUUUCUUGAAAUUCCAAGAAGAAUGGUAUUGGAACGCGAUAUGAUUAGAUAUUUUUCUACUACAAUGAUCACCUCUAAACCUGAUGAGCUUCAUAAUUUUCGAUCAAUCAGUGCUCAAAACAAAAAAAUGAUUGCUAAAUAUCUUGGACUAAAAUCGGCAUUUCUUAGUGAAACGGAUGCCAUGAUUUCGAAUGAUUUUCAUAAACUUAUGUUCAAUUUUUGCCAUGUUCAUGAAAAUGGCCACGAUUUUGAAUUGUUUCCACUAUAUUUUAACAAUCUUAAUCAAAAUUUCCUAAGUGAUAUACAAUCACGAAACGGUGUCAUCAAUGAAACACCUGAAUGUCAUCAAAAUAUUCCAGAAUUUUUAUUCUAUUCAUUUGAAAGAUCUACAAUACAGAAUUUUGAUUUUCUUGAAUCAACCGCGAACAAAUUAUUGGUCUUAUUCGACGAUAUAUUCGAUGCUUUAGCAUUUUAUCAACAAACAAGGUUGCCAACAAUUGUGAUUAAAUUGUUUAGUGACAAAAAUGUUGAUUUUAAAAAUUUUUGCCAUAAGCUAAAUGAUCAUUACAGAAAGGUAAUUCUAUGGUCAAAGAAUGAUACGAAAUUUGAAACUAUUCGAAAAAAGUGUCUUGAAAAUUUUGAUGAUGCAAAAAUCCAUUUCAUAAACUCAAAAUCUACAGCAUCACAAUUGCUUUGCGAGGAUUCUAAAAUGAAAUUCGAUUCCCUAGUACAGGAUGCCACUCCACUUAAACAUCCUUUCAUAUUGAAUUUUCAAGAUUUAAAAGACGACGUCUAUAAUGAAUUCAGUGAUCCGACAAUUAGUGGUGUUCAAUGGUCAAGAUUUCCUAAACUGAAUGAACAUCUAAAAGGUCAUCGUGCAGGUGAAUUGACCAUUAUUACCGGUCCUACUGGUUGCGGAAAGACGACAUUCGUUUCUGAAUAUUCCCUAGAUCUUUGCAUGCAAGGUGUGCCAACAUUAUGGGGAAGUUUUGAAAUUAAAAACAUACGGCUUCUAAAAAUGAUGAUGACACAAUAUUCAAAGAAAGCCCUUUCGUUCACUAAUAAACAAGAAUUUAAUUGUGAAGCGGAAACAUUUUCCAAAUUACCUUUGUAUUUCAUGAAAUUUCAUGGUCAAACUGAAAUCGAUCUCAUUAUGAAAGCUGCCGAACAUGCCGUACUUGCAUUGGAAAUUAAACAUAUUGUCAUCGAUAAUUUACAAUUCAUGUUGGGAAUGAAUGUUGAAUCAAAUUAUGAUCGAUUUUUGAAACAAGAUUUCCUUAUCAGUUCUUUACGACAAUUUUCUACUGAUUAUAAUUGUCAUAUUACAUUAGUUGCUCAUCCACGCAAAGAAAAGGAAGAGAUUACAUUGUCAAAUAAUUCAUUGUAUGGUGGAAUUAAAGCUAGCCAAGAAGCGGAUAAUGUUAUGAUUAUAAUGAACAAAUUUAAUGCCCGAUAUCGUUGUAACAAAUAUAUACAGAUUACGAAAAAUCGUUACUAUGGUAGUUUAGGCGUUGUACCAUUAUAUUUUGAUAAAUCAUCACUAUGUUUUUCAUCCACCCGAACCGGACAAAUGGAAUCGACCAAUAAUCAGCCAAUCUUUGAUAAUCUAAACGAUGGUGAUGCCGUAAAAUCUGAUUUUGUAUCCGAUGUUUAUCGAAUGCGUUAUUUAAUUGAAAAUUAAUUGAACUUUUUGGCCAAUUGUAUAUUGCAUUUUGAAUAAUAUGAUAUUUUUUUAAAAUAAUUA